AUGGAAUCGGAUGAAAACGAAAGUUUUGAAACACCCCCAGUAACAUUCGAGUUGAAUUUACCUGAGGAAAUGAAUUCAGGAGAGGUUCUUAGUCUUCUAGAAGUACUCCAUAGUAGUACUGAAGUCUCACACAUAAACACAAAUUUACAGCCUCUACCAGACAGCAUUUCAGAAGUGACUACUGCUCAGAGAUUCAAGACCUUACAGGAACAGGACCUGCUGGAGAUUGAAACUAACCAAUACAGCAACUCGACAAAGAAAAAUACCAAAUGGGGCAUUGGUGUCUUUAAUGCAUGGUGUAUGGAAAGACUGAAUGAGGUUUUAGACUUACAUACAAUUUCUGCACCUGUAUUAGAUGAGAAUUUGAGGAAAUUCUACGCAGAAGCACAGCCAAAGAAUUUGAGUAGUCGUGUGCAGAAGAUGCCUCAGGAACAUGGCGGCCAUCAGUAG